GAAUAUGCAAAUAUGCGGGACGAGUCUUUAUUAAAGGACUCGCACUGUUGUCGCGUGUGCCGGCAGACAGUCAGGCUGCAAACCUGGUGUAGUCUUGAAAUAACCAAUUUUACAUUAAAAUCAGCGCUCGGAAUUGUUUAAAAGUCGUGUGUCUGUCUGCUGUAAUGUGCUUUGCUCAAGAGACCACUUUAAACUGAAGCACUUUCUCUAUGAGUUCCACAAGAAUUCUUCAUAUUCUCAGUCCCCCAAUACCGGGUCCAGUUAUGCCUGCGGAUGUGGCUGUGCAGCUGUACAUUACACAUUCUCCCCCACUGUGCAGCUUCCUGAGCUCUUAUGAAGACUAUAGGGCACACAACCUGGUCAAAACCUGCUACAAACCCCUGCGGCCCUGCUUGAGCUCCAGAGCCCACCUGGAGCCCCCCUGUUUGGGCUGGCAGAAACCAAAAUCCAAGACCAAGAAGAAGGUUGCGUUUGCAGACUCAAAAGGCAUGUCGUUAACAGUGGUGCAUGUCUUCUCUACUUCCGAUAACAGAGAACCCGUCCCAUCCGAACCUCAGUUUAACCUGGAAGACCUAGAGAAUUUCACAGCCACUCUGCAUAUGAAUUCUGUCCAGAGGAGAAUUCUAGACUUUCCACAGCCAGCGGCAGACUAUCUGGAUUUCCGUAGUCGGUUGCUGAAGAAUAUGGUUUGCUUGGAGAACUGUACCCUACAGGAGCGGGCCCUCACCGGCACGAUCAAAGUGCGUAACCUGGUUUAUGAUAAGUCGGUUCAUGUGCGAAUCACUUUCGACACAUGGAAGAGGUUCCAGGAUGUUGAAUGCAUAUUUAUGAAUAAUGUCUAUGGUUGCCAGGAUACAGACACAUUCUCAUUUGCCAUUGAAUUACCUGCGUAUGUGGCAUCUCAGAAUAAGGUAGAAUUCUGCAUUAGCUACAGAACUGGAGGGCAGACUUACUGGGACAACAACGAUGGCCGAAAUUAUGGACUGGUUUCAACCUCUUGGCAACAAAACAAUAAAUGGAAUUCCUCAACUCAGAGUAAGAAACCAAAUGAACCCAGAAAGUUAGGCAAGAAAACACAAGACAUAACACAAGUUUAUAAAUGUAAAAGUCCUCCCCAAUCCAAUCGAAUUUCCCCACAUUGGCAGAGUUGGGGAAACAUUUCAACCUGCAGCCCCUACUGGUGACUUGAGCUGACGUAAUUAACUAGCUAACUAUCCAAAAGUGUUAAGCUUUUAGCAACAAUAUUUCUCUCGGCAUGAAAACAGAAGAAGAUUAACAUUCUUUCAAAAGUUUAAUAUGAUUUACCGACUGAUUGGAAGUAAAACUUUACCAGAUUGCAGAGAGAACAGAGGCUGGUUGAAAUUACAUGUUGCUACUGUGCAAUACAGCAUGUUUUAUUCUUUAUAAUAAAAAGUAAAACGUAUGUGAUGACUGAAGAGCCAAACACAUCUUUUAACAAAACCACUGGGGGUCUAGAGUAAACACUAUAUAACUGCUUUGUCAGUUUAUUGUUUAAAAUGUGCCUUUGUCUGUCCGAAUAUAAAUUUUGUUAAACAUCUGCCAUUUUGUGCCACAUUUGCUGACUGUGCACUAUAAAAAAUAAAACCAAGAACAGAUCAAGUCAGAUUAUUUGAAGAGGAUAUAUCUAAAGCCUGUCUCAAUGGCCGAUUUUCUACGGAGCUCCUAAAGGGACACAGUGAUGGAAAAAAAAAAACAGGAGAUGGGUGGAAAAACCUUGUCAAACCUUUGUGCUCCCAAACAUUUUGCGACAGAACGCAUGACAUGUAAUUUUUCCUCCCGUGUCAUGUUUGUUUUCAUCACUAUGUCCUUAUAGGGCUCUGAUUUCUGUUGAAGAUUUUAUUAUGGAAGAGAUGAACCGUUUGUGUGCAACCAGUGAGGUUAUCCUUCAUACUAAAGGGGUCAACUUUAACUGGAUACAAAAAAAUUAGGUAAAAGAAAGAAAUAUUAAUAUUUAUCAUUUUUAAUAUGUACUCCUUGAAUAAAUUGCCCUUAAAAUGAAUUUGGUUUAGAUCAUUUUGUUUAUCAAGCUUUUUAUUUGCAAGAUGUGCAUAUGUUUUAUUUUAUUUUUUGUUUGGUUUGAAUGUUAGAAAUGUAAUGUUCUGAAUUUUAUGCAAUUGAAUGCAACAUGCUAAAUAAAUGGUCUCUGUGCCUUAGCUAUUGAGCAAAUGACAUUGUAAAGUUGGUAGCAUUAGAAUUAUUAUUAUUAUUUUAAUGUUUUAAGUGCAAUUCAGUGAAUAUGACGUUGUGAUAUUAUGUAUGAACCAGAUGUGAAGAUAAGAAUGGCUGUAUUUUAUUAAAGGAAGAAUGGAUGCCUUGAUAAAUGAGUAUGUAUGUGAUGUGAUUUUUAAAAAUAAAAAUUCACUUUUCAGA